AUGUCCCACAAUCCAUGCGAUGGAGCUAAAAAAGAAGACUACUUUGUACGGUAUGGACGAUAUUAUGCAUCAUGGCGACCUGGGAAAUAUCUAUUUCCGAUUGAUGAUGAAGAGAGUAGCAGAUUGGAUAUGGUUCACAAAUUGUUCCUGGUUGUCCAACAAGAUGAACUUUAUCUCGCUCCGCUGGCCGAAAACCGGCCUCUUCGAAUCAUGGAUCUAGGCACUGGAAGUGGUAUAUGGGCCAUUCAUGUUGCGGAAAGCAGAACCGGUCAGCAGUCGGAGAUCAUGACUGUGGACCUUCAUAAAUUUCAGCCCCAAUAUCACCUGCUCCCUGGCUCGGGGUAUCUAGAGCAUGUUGAGAUCGAAUGGGUGCCUCGUUGGGAUGAAAAUGAUGUAGAUAAAGAGGGAAACGGCAUGCCAGACUCGCCAUCGGCUCUCGAGGAGUGGUCAAACCUUUAUAUGACAGGGUUAGAAACGUUGGGCCGCAAUGGCAGAAUCGAUGGAGCUGCGAUUCGACAGACAAUUGAGGAUGUUGGAUUUACCAAUGUCGAGGAGAAAACUAUUCGUCUUUACAUGUCACCCUGGAUGCCCGAAUAUCAUAAGCGGGAGGGUGCGAGAUGGCUCAACAUGUGCUUUACUCGUGGGGUCGAAGGCAUGAGUUUGUGGCCUAUGAUAAUAGGGUUGGGCAUGAGGGAGGAUGAAGUUCGUGCCAUAUGUGAGAGAGCCAUCUAUGAGAGUUUGGAGAUGCGCCUUCGCACCUACUUUAAUGUGUAA